AUGAAGCUGUCUAACCUCUUCCUUGCGGCCCUUGCGGCUGGUAGCUGUCAUGCUGUCAACAUCGUCCCCCGCGGUGGUCGUCCAUCCUCCAUCAUUAACAAUGCUCACAAGAGAGAACUCCUUCAAGACAUUGUCACCUUCGAUGAACACUCUCUCUUCAUCAAUGGUGAGCGUGUGACCAUGUUCUCUGCCGAAAUCCACCCUUUCCGUCUACCUGUACCGUCGCUUUAUCUAGACUUAUUCCACAAAGUCAAGGCGAUGGGCUUCAACAUGGUCUCGUUCUACGUCGACUGGGCUCUUCUGGAGGGUAAGCCAGGCGAGUUCCGUUCUGAGGGUUCGUUGGAUCUGCAGCCCUUUAUAGAUGCCGCCCAGGAAGCUGGUAUCUACCUUCUUGCUAGACCAGGUCCAUACAUCAAUGCUGAAGUAUCCGGUGGUGGAUUUCCGGGCUGGUUGCAGAGAGUCAAGGGGUUCUUGAGGACCAAUGCAACCGAUUAUCUUGAAUCAACCGAUAACUACGUUGCAAAGGUGGGAGCAAUUAUCGCAAAGGCCCAAAUCACCAAUGGCGGACCAGUCAUCCUUUAUCAACCUGAGAACGAGUACAGUGCCGCUCAAGGAACACCAUUUCCCAAUCACGACUACUUGAAAUACGUCAACGACCAAGCCCGAAAGGCCGGUAUAGUUGUGCCUCUUAUCAACAAUGAUGCGUGGCAAGGCGGUACCGGUGCUCCUGGAACUGGACCCGGAGCUGUGGAUAUAUACGGACAUGAUGGAUACCCUGUUGGGUUUGACUGCACCAAUCCCUACAAGUGGCCCAAGGACGGCUUACCAACGACUUGGCAUGCAGAGCAUCUAAAGAAGAGCCCCAACACUCCGUACUCAAUCAUCGAGUUCCAAGGCGGCGCUUUCGACCCUCCUGGAGGUACUGGCUUUGAAAAAUGUUAUGAACUAACCAACCAUGAAUUUGCUCGCGUCUUUUACAAGAACAACCUCGCUGCAGGUGUCACGAUCUUCAACAUCUACAUGACUUGGGGAGGCACUAAUUGGGGAAACCUUGGUCACUCUGAUGGAUACACCUCAUACGAUUACGGCGCAGCUAUCAAGGAGGACCGAACAAUCGCCCGCGAGAAAUACUCCGAGAUUAAACUUCAAGGCCAGUUCCUCGCAGUUUCGCCAAACUACGCUGUAGCGACAGCGAGUAACUUCACAACAACAAAAUACACCACCAACAAGAACAUCGCCGUGACAGCACUAACCACGAAGAAAGACGACGCCUUUUACGUUGUGCGACACGAAGAUUAUCGAACGACCAGCUCCGCAUCAUACACUCUCAAAGUUAAAACAUCGGCGGGACAACUCACGAUUCCUCAACUUGGUGGCUCACUUUCAUUGUCUGGCAGGGACUCGAAGAUCCAUGUCGUUGACUACCCUGUUGGGAAGUACAAAGUUUUGUAUUCCACAGCUGAAGUGUUCACAUGGAAAGAUCUUGGUGACAAGACUGUUCUUGUGCUUUAUGGAGGACCCAAUGAGUUGCAUGAAUUCGCUAUCAAGAGUACUUCCAACUCCAAGGUCAUUGAGGGCGAUGGUGUCAAGGUGGAGAAAAAGAAGGGGGUCAGCGUCUUUCAGUUUAAAACUAGCUCGAAGCGUCGCGUGGUUCAGAUUGGAUCCCUUCACGUAUAUCUGCUUGAACGUAAUGCUGCGUAUAACUACUGGGUUCCUACAAUCCCAGGAAAAGGCGACCGCGCUGCGUUUGGAUCCUCUGUCAUGAACCCAAAGGCAGUGAUCUUUAAUGGCGCUCACUUGAUUCGCUCUGUCGCUAUCAAAGGAUCUCAACUCUCAGUUCAAGCCGACUUCAACGCCACCUCACCGUUGGAAAUCAUUGGUGCACCAAAAGGAACUUCCCGACUAGUGAUCAAUGGCAAGGAUACACCAUACAAAAAGUCUAAAAUCGGAAACUGGCUUGCAAACCCAGCCGUUAGUCUUCCAGAUGUCAAGAUAACUGAUCUCAAGUCUCUGGAUUGGAAGUACGUCGAUUCGCUUCCUGAAGUGAAGAAAGAUUACGACGACUCCAAGUGGCCGGAUGCCAAUCUGAAGAAGACAUUCAACUCGAAAUGGCCGCUCAACAACUCUGUGUCUCUCUACGGCGGUGACUACGGUUUCCAUUCUGGCGCACUUAUGUUCCGAGGGCAUUUCACUGCUGAUGGAGCGGAGUCCAAGUUCAAAGUCUGGACUUUCGGAGGUAUGUCAUACGGAAGUUCAGUGUGGCUAGACGACAAAUUCCUUGGAUCAUUUGUUGGCUCAGGACCUAGAAAUAAUGACACAACGACGUAUUCUCUUCCGAAGAUGCAAAAAGGCAAGAAAUAUGUUCUCACUGUUAUUGUGGAUAACAUGGGACUGAACGGUAAUUGGGUGCCUGGCUUGGAAGAAGGGAAGCAGCCACGUGGUAUUCUUGACUGGUCUCUUGAAUCAAGUUCUGGUAAAGAGACGACCAAGAUCUCCAAGUGGAAGAUUACAGGUAACCUUGGCGGAGAGGAUUACGUUGACAAAUUUCGCGGUCCGCGCAACGAGGGAGGUUUCUUUUUCGAGCGCCAGGGCUAUCACUUGCCGUCCCCUCCUCUCAGCGACUUCAAGUCUGGCUCGCCCUUCAAGGGUAUCUCGAAGCCAGGUGUGGCGUUUUACACCGCUAACCUAAAGUUGAACCUGCCAUCCGACAACUUUGACAUUCCGCUAUCCUUCGAAUUCAAGAACAACACUGUCAGCACCGGCUCUUACCGUGCGCUACUUUACGUCAACGGAUUUCAAUACGGUCGAUAUGUGAGUCACGUCGGCCCACAGUCAGUCUUUCCCGUUCCAGAAGGUGUUUUCAACUAUCGCGGUGACAAUUGGAUCGGCCUUGGUCUUUGGGCGUUGGACAAGGGUGCCAAUAUUGAUGGGUUGAGCUUAAAGGCUGGCGUUCCUGUGCAGACUGGCCGAGAACCCGUCAAGUUUGUCAAUGGGCCCAAGUACGCUCAUCGUCGUGGGGCGUACUAG